AUAUUCUUGACGCUCAACCCGUUAAAUGGCAAAGUCAGUGGGGCCUCAGCUCGCGAGCACAUGGUCAAGUCGCGGUUGCCCAACAACGUGCUCCGCAAGAUUUGGAUGCUGGGCGACGUCGAUCAGGACGGCUAUCUUGAUGAAGAUGAAUUCGCACUUGUAUGCUAUCUAAUGCGCGUAAAAUUGGAGGGCGAUGAAUUGCCUACUGUUCUACCAGAGCACCUCAUCCCACCCUCCAAGCGAGUUGGUCGAGUUGAUAGUAACACAAUCGCUACUCCUGGUGGCGGAGUUCAACAAGCGUAUGCUGGCGUCUCUAUUUCAGAAAUGUCUGUCCAGUGA